AUGUCAAACCUUCCUAUCGCUCGCCCCAGAGCUCUGGAAAUACCAUCUGAGCUCUACGAAGAGCUCACUUUGUGGCGCAAUAACCCAGAAAUUCACCAUAGUACUACAAUUUCAUCCUUGAAAUGGAGAGAGUUACUCUUAAUGCAAAAUUUCGAAGAAAUUCACCUCAGAGAUACACAAGAGAGAUUAGAUGGAGUCCUUCGAGCUUUUAACUGUUACCAGGAUGAUGCAGCGAUAAACAUUGCUCGAAGUUGGUUCAGGUUUGCAUCCUUUAUUGUCAAGUCCGCGCCUCCAGAGACUGACUCGCAGGCGAGUAAUACUGGUGACGGUGUUUGCAAUAGUCUGCCAAAUCGCCUAGCAGCGGCCCUCUACAAGCUAUCUGGAAUUCGAAAUUUAUCGCUUAACCUCGAGGGUCUCAAUGAAGAUCAGCUCAGAGAUUUGAAGGAGCAGAUGGACAUCGGGAAACUUGUCUGGCCACGCCUCAGAGUAUUGAAGAUCCGUGGCACAGUUGACACCGUGAAGAUGAUCAUGAGCCAUUGCGAUCCUGAUGUCCUCACUGGCCUCCACACCUACACAUGGAUUGAUUCGGAUAUAUUCGAAAAGGCCCGGGGACUCACUGGCCUCAGUCGACUCCAUCUAUACUAUGACAAGGCCAAUCUCUCUCAGCCUACGACGUGGGCUUGCACCGAAAAACAACUCUGGGAUGGCUUGGCACGACUGACUCCGAAACUCGACUACCUUAUCCUACGCGAAUCAACAGUCAAAAUCGAAGGCAAACUGUGGUCUCUUGAACAUGUUUCUACGCUGAAAACUGCUAUAAAGAACAUCACAAGUGGGGCUCAAGACCUGCGACUCCGAUACCUUGCAUUCACGAUUGACAUUCGGCGUUUCGCGCCGCCAGUUAUCCGCCGAUACUUGAACAGAGAUCCUCGUUCCGAGAAGCUGGAGGCGCAUGAGGUAAAGGCAUGGUAUGGGUUAAUUAUCAAAACCAUCAUGCAGGUUCCGCGUUUGAAAGAAGUUUGGGUCUUCUCUCACGGCUCUAUCGCCUUCAGGGGGAACCGCGGAUCCGGGCCCAAAUAUAUACCUGGGCGUAUUUAUGUUGAUACAGAAUAUGUCGACAUGAUCAUGCAACAGGACAGUUUUCCUUUUGAGAUCAUUGAGGAUUGA